CCCAAUCGUCGUAAUGCUGUCCAGACUCCAGAGUGCAUAUCUGUAGCUUUCUCAUGACGCUGCUGCUAUACUUUCUCGGAUAAUUUCCGUGUAAACCACCCUCGACAUCUCGGAUGGGCAUUCCAGGGGCUAAUUCAAUAGACAUCUAAUUUGGAUCAUUCCCUCCUCCCCCUUCAUAUUCCAUACCCCGACUCGCGACUCGCCGGAGACCCGCCAAGCAUACGGCAGUCUCGGCGAAGGGAUCACAAUGAGGCGCUGGGCUUACAGCUUGGUGCUGUUGGCGCUAUCCUUAUGGACUGCCACAGCCCUUGAAGUUAGACUGGAUGAGAAAGAAGAUAAUCGGCAACGAUGCGCUGGCAUGUAUAGCCAGCAAGCGUGGGGCGGUCCCGUCGAUCCGUUCAUUCUCAUCAAGUUCACCGACGUCGGCAAGGAGCAGCAGGGAGACCCGGUCGUUAGUAUGGUCGUGUUUGAGUGGCGAGAUGAGGACCUCAUUGGCAUCCGCCCCAGCCCAAGUGCUACUCAGAAACUCGGCAUCUGCGAGCCCAAGUACGUCGAAGCCGGAUACUGCAACGAGACCGAUAUUGGCCGGUACCUCCUGGCUCCUAAUGCGACCGAGCUGUCCAACACCGUGAUCGUCAGCAAGGCAAUUCACCUCAAAGACUCCCAGCCCAUCAACUAUCCCAUCACCAAGACUGGAUACUACUGCGUCUUGACGGAUAGAUACUCGGCGGAUAAAUAUGAGGUCCUGGUCGAGUUCCGAAACGCAUAUGGCGAGCUGCCCGCGACCCAGAUACCGAAGCUGCCGUUCUACGGAGGAAUAACAAUCCUCUAUGCGCUAAUCUCUGUGUUCUGGGCCUUCCUAUACUUCCAGCAUCGCUCAGAUAUCUUGGCUGUGCAAAACUACAUCACGGCAAUCCUCAUUUUCCUGGUCGUUGAGAUGUUGAUGACCUGGGGCUUCUACGAUUACCUUAACAGGAAUGGUUCGACCGUGGGCUCGAAAGUUCUGCUUGUCGUCGUCGCUGUUCUGAACGCCGCGAGGAACUCGUUCUCGUUCUUCCUGCUCCUCAUCGUGUGCAUGGGCUACGGCGUCGUGAAACCGACCCUAGGCAGGACCAUGAUCUGGGUUCGUUGGCUGGCUAUUGCUCACUUCGUCUUUGGCAUUGUAUAUGCCGUCACAAGCUUGCUCGUCACGCCAGAUAGUGCAGGACCCUUCGUCCUUCUUAUUGUGCUGCCUCUUGCGGGUACUCUGACAGCCUUCUACGUCUGGACGUUGAACUCGCUGAACUUCACGCUGAAGGAUCUUCGGGAGCGGAAGCAGCAUUCCAAGGAGGCCAUGUAUAGCAAGCUCUGGUGGUGCAUCCUGCUCUCCAUCAUGGUGAUCUUUGCCUUCUUCUUCUUCAACUCCUUCUCAUUCGCGUCCGCGAGCGACCCGGAUUACGUGCCCUUCCACUGGAAGAGCAGGUGGUUCAUCCUCGACGGCUGGCUCAACCUCGUCUACUUCGCCGACGUCGCCUUCGUCGCCUACGUCUGGCGGCCGACGGCCAACAACAGGCGCUUCGCCAUGAGCGACGAGAUCGCCCAGGAGGAUGACGGCACCUUUGAGAUUGCGAACCUGGACAUCGGCGCGCCGGACGACGACUCGGAAGACGACGAGGAGGCCCGCAUCGGCAGCAAGCCCGCGAACGGCGGCGAUGGCGGCCAGGGCGCCGGCGCCGGCGCUCGGUACGAGGCUCCCUCGGGUCUCCCGCCGUCCCAGCAUCGGCAGGCCUCGCAGUCGGAGCCUCGGCAGCGGAGUCCGCCGCGCGACUCCCUCGAUGGGGAGACCAUCUUUGCCGUCGGCGAGGACGGCGACAAGUUCUCGGACGAUGAGGGGAGCGGCGAGGAAACGAACCUGGUCAAAGGUGGGCGGAAGUAGGGCAAGGCAACGAGAAUGCAAGUGUGGAGAGGGAAGGACGGGGAAGGAAGGGGCGCGGGUUUCGCGGCCAUCAAGGUAAUAUCGUGUGUAUUAUAGACUUUUCUCUCUCUCUACGGCGUUGUUUGGAACAAAAUGGCUGCAGCAUCAUGAUCAUGGUCGCGUUCCGUCCCCCGUGAUAUCCCGAGUUCCCGUUUUCAAUAAAGGGCAGGUAUUUUUUCAAUACGACGUCUGGGGACCAUCGUAUAGGUGUCCGUGAGGAGUUUUCUCAACCGAAGCUAAUUGUGUUAUGUGAAUGAGAC